AGAGCUAGCUCGUCUGUCUUUACGCGGUCUCUCUUUUUACUCUACAACGUACACGGUAGACAGUCGGAGUUCAGCCGAUCAGGAACGCGGUUACGUUCGCUCCGAUUACAAUUCGCAAACGUAAACAAAUUUUUUUAGUCAUUUUUACUCAUGCUCCAUUAAUUUAUUGGCUAACCGAGUGACUGCUUACUCAUCCGCGGUUUAAUUUACCGUCAUAAGGAGUUAUUACUACGCUUUGGUCAGACGUUUUAAUUUACUAGUUGCGUUGCCGCGUGAUUUUGAAUUUCAAAUAUUUAAAAUAAGUAAAUAAGUUAACAGAGAAUUGUGUCAUCAGAACCACGACGGCAAAUGAUGAAGAGUAGACAUCAAUUUCGUAGGAGAUUUAGUCUUCAACCAUCUUCUUCUUUAAAAGAAGAAAAAGAAGAUGGACCUACUAAAAGUAUCAGAAAUGAAAGACUCGUAGAGUCAGAAACAGACGAAAAAUCAUCAGAUGCGCCAGCCCGACACAAAAUAGUCGUUAUGGGAGCAGCAAAAGUUGGAAAAUCAGCGAUAAUAAAUCAAUUUCUUUACAAUACAUUUUCACCAAAGUACAAACGGACUGUCGAGGAAAUGCAUCGGGGCGAUUUCAAUGUAUCGGGAAUCCAAUUAACUCUUGACAUACUCGACACUUCGGGUUCAUAUGAUUUCCCAGCAAUGAGAGAAUUGUCAAUAAGGUCAGCAGAUGCAUUUGUUUUGGUCUAUGAUGUUAAUGAUGCCAGUACGUUUGCCGAAGUUGAAGCCCUCAGAUCCCAAAUACUCGCUAGUAAAGGAACCGUUCCGAUAGUCGUCGUCGGGAAUAAAGUUGAUCUGGUUAUAGAAAAUGACAACGAGACUGAUUCCGACUCAGAGUUCCAGGUAAAUACAGAACGGACAAGAGAAUUAGUGGAGACUGAAUGGGAAAACGGAUUCGUUCAAGUAUCGGCAAAGGACAACUUCAACAUAACUCAAGUAUUUAAAGAGUUGUUGGUCCAGGCGAAGGUCAAGUACAAUCUGAGUCCAGCAUUGAGACGCAGAAGACGUCAAUCUUUACCUCCGCCUCAGCAUAAUUCGCGCACCAGCACCGCCCAUGUACCGUCACUUCAACAACUGCAACAUUUGCAGCAAAUACGCGAGCGUUCCGGCGGUAAAAGAAACUCUUGUAUUCUCUCGUAAACUAGAUUUUUUAUUUUUACAUUUUAAAUUUAUUUAUUUACAACAAUAAGAAAUUACUUAAUAAACAUAAGUUAUUAUUUAUGACCAAAUUAAAAUGAGCUUUUCAAAAUAUUUUCAUCUAUAGAAGCUUUUAGUUACUUUGAGAUAUUUCCCGAUGCUGAAGAGUGAGAAAUAUAUAUAUAUGUAUAACAUAACUUGGAGUAAUUAAUAAAUUAUUACAUUACAUAAUUAAUCUUGACAUGUCAAUCCGAGAAAAUAUUUCAAAUCAUAUUUAUAAUGGUAAUAAUUAAAUAUAAAUAUUGUAAGGGUGGGUAAUUAUUUAUCUGGAGCCUCUUUUAAAUAAUUAAACGUUAAUUAAUUAAAUAUAUAUGUAUAUUAUGAAUAAGUCUUUAAAACUUGAAUAUAUAAUGGUUGUUAUUUUUUAUUUACGCCGAUUUACUAGUCAAUAAAAAAUUAACGAGGCGCAAUAAUGUCUCUGUAAUUUUCUGCUAUAAAUUUAAAUAUGUAAUAAUAAAUAUAUGUAAUAAGUAUAAUAUGUAAAUUGUGAAAAUAUAUUUAUUUCACUCUACAACUGUAAACAUAUAAAUAUAUAUAGUAUAUGUAUUAGGGUGGAUAAAAAAAAAAUUUGAAUUUUCCCGCUCUCGCAUUCAAAGUCUGACAAAAAAAAAUUUGAAUUUUUCCCGCCCUUUUAAAAAAUUUGAUGGAAAAAAAAUGUUGAGAAGUUUGAGUAAAAAAAUUUGAGACUGCUUAGAAAUUUUGAAAAUUUUCAAAAUUUGUUUUUCGCGGCAAAAUUUAAAAAUUACAAAAAAUUUUUUUCUAGCCGCAGAUUUUUUGAAAGGCGACUGAAGAAAAUUGAAAUUUUUUUCUAAACUACCCUAAUAAAUAUAUAAAUAUAUAUAUUAGUUGUAAUCAUAAAUUGUAAACUUUUUUUUUUAAUUGACAUAUAAAUAAAUAAAAUACAAUCAAUAGUAACAGCACAUGGAGUAUGUAAAUAGUUGUAAUGACUAUUAAUGAUAAUAAUAAUAUUUAAAAAUGUCAAUUUAAAUAAUUGGCUGUUUAAAUUUUGAAAUAAAAUUGUAAUUUAAAUAGUCGUAAAAAUAUAUAUAUUUGUCUUGUAUUGAGGUAUUUUUUAAUGGACUAUCAACUUUUAUUGCUUUUACUUUUCACUUUGUGUUUAUCAUGGGGAGCGUUUUAUUAGAUCGUUAAAGCGCGAGGAAAAUUACGAUUGGAAAAUUUUAAAAGGUCACAAUUCUCUUGCGGCACUUGGUAAAUUUACUCGUCAACCUAACCAGGGUUUUGGUUUACUUUUUAACGGAUUAAUUCAUUUUAUUUUAAGUUUAAUUAUAAUUUAUGGAGGAGGAAUAAUAUUUAUUCAGGGUGUUUACAUAUUUAAUUAUCUUGUUACUGUUCCACAUUUAGU